GCGGGCACCGGGAACUACACUUCGCAGUGCGCGAAGCAAGAUGGCGGCGGGCACGGCCCAGUCGCUUCCCUGACGUCGGGCGCGCAGGCACAGCGGCGCGGCCUGUCGUGGCCGUGGCGGCGGCGGGUGGAGCUGCGGUCCGGAGCGGGGCCUGCCGCGAGGGUGAGCGCAGGAGGAGCAGCGUGGACCGAACCCGAAGGUGAAGGAGAAGCUGGCCGUCGCACUACGUAGCCACAAUGUCAAAUAAAGAGGUGAAGGCAGCGUUAAAGAGUGCUAGAGAUGCAAUACGAAAUAAAGAAUAUAAGGAAGCUUUGAAACAUUGCAAGGCAGUCUUGAAGCAAGAAAAAAAUAACUACAAUGCUUGGGUAUUUAUUGGCGUGGCAGCUGCUGAGUUGGAGCAGCCUGAUCAGGCCAAAGGAGCAUAUAAGAAGGCUAUCGAACUUGAACCAAACCAGUUACUGGCAUGGCAGGGAUUAGCAAAUUUCUACGAGAAAUCCAACCAAACAGAUGUCAAAGGAGACUUAGCAAACGUUUACCACAAGCUCUUGGAACUCUAUGAAAGUGGUGACAAGCAGAAAUGGUAUGAUGUAUGUAACAAGCUUGUGGAACUAUAUCAUCAAGAAAAGAAGUAUUUAGAGGUGGCUGAAACAUGGCACAAACUAAUAAAAAUGAAGCAGGAGGAAGGUGCAGAAAAGGCAGAGCUUCAUCAGCUUUGGAAGAAGAUGAUCCAGUUACUGAAAGACAGUACACAGAACCAAGAUAAUAAGACUGAACAGCUGUUUUUGACUGCGUUUGAACAUGCGAUGAAUUCUGCUGACCCCAUUCCUGGUGAAGACCACCAAAAUCUUUACAAGGACUUUAUUCAGUGCUUGUCAAAAUUUCCUCAUGAAACGCCUAGGUUGGCAAAGGCCUGUAAUGAUAUGAUGGCUUUGUAUCCUACUGUGGGUUAUCCUUUAGAAGUACUUUGCUUGCACUUUAUUCAGUCAGGUAUUUUGUCAGAAGAGGCCCUGCAUUGUUUCUCUAGGCUUUUGGAGGUGGAUGCAAGUAGUGGUCCAGGCAUCAUUGGUUUUGGUAUAAAAUACAUCCAAGAAAAGAAAUACAAAGAGGCUGUUAAGAGUCUAACUGAAGGUUUGCAGAAGACUAGUGAGUGUCCAGCAGCAUGGCAUUAUUUGGCAGAAGCACAGAUGAAAAUUCACAAACACAGGGAUGCUGUCCUGUCCUGCAAUCAAGCUCUUGAGGCUUUUCAAACUCCUGAGGGUCCUAGUCUUCGGUGGAAGAACCUUAUCCUUCAGUUGAAAGCAGAGGCUUUGAUUAAAAUAGCUGAUGCUGAUGCUGCAGAAGAAGCCAUUAGAGCACUUGAGCAGAUUGUGGAUGCAAGCAGCGAUCCAGUGGUUUUGGCUGUCAGAGGUCAGGCUUAUCUAAACAAAGGUUUACUGGAUCAGGCUUCAAAGGUUUCACAAGAGCUUCUGUUGUCCCACCCUGAUCUGGCUGAGUCCCAUGCUCUACAGGGUUUCAUCCAUUACUCCCAAAAGAACUAUGAACAGGCAGAAAGCAGUUUUCUAAAUGCUAUUGAAAGAAAGGCCGAAAUUGCAGAGUAUCAUCAGUACCUGGGGCUCACAUACUGGUUCAUGAGUGAUGAGACAAAAAAAGGAAAAGCGCUUACUCAGUUCUUGAAGGCUGCAAAAUUGGACAGAUACUUGGGAAGUGCCUUUCAUUAUUUAGGUAACUACUACAGAGAUAUUGCUGGAGACAAAAGUAGAGCUCGUGGUUGCUAUAAAAGGGCUUUUGAGCUGGAUGGAACUGAUGAAGAAUCUGGAAUAGCAGCUGUAGACUUAAGUGUGGAACUUGGAGACACGGACACCGCUCUGUCAAUCCUGAAUGAGGUAACUGAAAAAGCGAGUCCUGGUACAGCAAAAUGGGCCUGGCUUCAUCGUGGACUUUACUACUUGAGAACUGGUCAGCCAUCACAAGCAGUGGCUGAUUUGCAGGCAGCCCUGAGAGCUGAUCCAAAGGAUGCCAACUGCUGGGAGUCUCUAGGGGAGGCUUACUUGAGCAGAGGUAGCUAUGCAACAGCUCUGAAAUCCUUCAGGAAGGCAAGUGAGCUGAACCCAGCGCUUGUGUACAGUGUUUACAAAGCUGCAGCCGUUGAACAGAUUCUAGGCAAAUACGAGAAUGCUAUAGCUACCUAUCAGCAGAUCUUAAAGAAGACAGAAGACUAUGUGCCUGCACUGAAAGGACUUGGUGAGUGCUAUCUCAUGCUGGCAAGAUCAGCCCUUGAUGACUAUCUUGACAGGAAGGCUGUGGAUUACAUAGACCAGGCUCUUGAAUUUUUUACAAGAGCAGCAAAGUACCGUCCUGAUGUAUCUUGCCUUUGGAAACUGCUGGGAGAUACCUGUACUAGCGUGCAUGUUAUUUCACCAACCAAAGUGAACAUUCAAGUUCCAGGAUACCUUCUGGGUCAAAAUGCAGGCAAACAGAUUCUGAAGAAAAUUAAGCUGCUCAGAUUGGGAGGAAGGUGUUACGGCAGAGCUUUAAAAUUGAUGCCUUUGCCUAGCAUAUGGUGUGAUCUUGGAAUAAAUUUUUAUCGACAAGCAGAGCACCUCACAGCAGUGGGCACUGAUAUGAAUGAGAUCAGUGAACUGCUAGAGAAGUCUUUACAGUGUCUCAAAAAAGCUGUGAGGCUUGACAGCAAAAAUCAUCUUUAUUGGAAUGCACUUGGUGUCGUUGCUUCCUGUAGCGCUAUUGGGAAUUAUGCUCUUGCUCAACAUUCGUUCAUCAAAUCUGUUCAAGCUGAGCAAAUUAAUGUUGUUGCCUGGACCAAUCUGGGGGUAUUGUAUCUGGCAACUGGAAACAUUGAGCAAGCUCAUGAAGCCUUCAAGAUAGCCCAGUCUCUGGAGCCUUCUUAUUUACUGUGUUGGAUUGGGCAGGCUCUUAUUGCAGAGUCAGUAGGCAGCUAUGAUACUAUGGAUCUCUUCAGGCACACAACUGAACUCAGUAUGCAUACUGAGGGAGCAAAAGGCUAUGCCCACUGGGUAUGUUCAACACUGCAGGAUAAAAGCAACAGAAACACUGAACUCUAUACAUACAACAUUGUUGAAAUGAAUGCUAUUCCAGCAGCCCAGGUGGUCUUGAGCAAAUAUACAGAAAGAAAUCCAGAUGAUGCAUCAGCUUUCAUAAUGCUUGGUUAUUUGAACGAGUAUCUGCAUCUAAAAAGGCAGGCAGCAGAUGCUUAUGAGAGGGCAGCUUCAUUGCUGAAAAACUCUGAAGAUACUGAGAAAUACAAUACAGCAAUGCAAAACUAUGGCAGAUCAUUGUGUGCCCUGGGUCAGUGUGAGAAGGCCAUUGAGGUUUACAUGUCAACACCCCUAACUGACUUUGAUAGCAUCGUAGGGAUAGCGUUAGCCUACUUCAAGAAAGGACUCUUAGAAGAAAGUAUCAAAGCCUAUGAAAAAGCCUUGUCUGUUGCUGAGUCUGAACAAAGUAAAGCACAUAUCCUGACUGCCUUGGCAAUAAUAGAGUAUAAACAGAACAAAGUGGAUGCUGCAAAGACACUGCUGUUUAAAUGCAGCUCAUUAAAGGAACCUACUAUGGAAAGUCUGAAGGCUUUGUGCACACUGGGACUGGUAAAACAGGAUGCUACACUUGCAACUGCAGCCCUAAAAGAAUUACUGAAGCAUGAAAAAAGGGAUGAUGGGAUUUAUGAGACGUGCCUGAUUGCAUCUGGUGUUUAUGCAUUGCAAGGUAAAAAUGUGGAGGUCCAGAGAGAAGUCUGCAGAGCAAUACACCAUAAUCCUAAUAAUCCUGCCCUCUGGUCUCUUCUGUCUGGACUAGUUCCACUGUAUGCACCACAAAAGGCAAAAGGGGGAGCUGUUGCAGGAAAGGUCGCUUGUGUACUUGAUGUAAACUUCGAAAAGGAAGUCCUGAUGAAUAUUGCGGUGAAUCAGUUGGCAGCAGGAUGUCACAUGUUAGAAGAUGAGAAAAACAACCCUCUGAAAAAUAUUCAGAAGGCAAUCCACCUCUGUCCAGAUAAUCCUGCUGCCUGGGCAGUGAUAAUGGCAGCCUGUCAUGCUGAAAACACUGUCGCCUGUCUGAACAGCUCUCAGCCAAAGCGAAUAGAUCUGGAGAUGACCCUUUUAUCUACAGUUUCAGCCAAAACUGGAGAAAGUAACCUUCCACUUAAUUAUAUCCAGACUCUUGAGGACUGGUGUCUAUGUCAAGCUAUUACCAGUCUAGAGGAGACUGGUAAACUCUCAAAAGCUGAAGCUCUUUGUACCAAGGGUUUAAAAAGUUGCCCUGAGCACCCGGCUCUGUUUUUGCUUUUGAGACAAGUUCAGUGUAAGCAGCUGUUGCAGUCUCACAAAGAACUUCCAGAAAAUGUCCUGGAGGAGCUUCGCAAGACAGUCAUGACCACUUCAACUUCAGUUGCAGCCUGGCAGUGGCUGGCAAAAGUGUAUCAGUCUCAAAGAAUGAUGGUUGGAGCAGAGAUGUGUUACAGAAAGAGUCUACAGUUGGCAUCACAGCAGGGCAGCUGGAAUGGGAAGUUAUCCAGUCUGUUCUGCCUAGCUAUGCUCGCACUGGAGAUCUGCAUGGCUGAUGUCUCAAAUGAGCACUGGCCAUCCUUGGUUCAGGAGGCAACAACUGAGGCUUUGAAACUUUCUUCUAGCCCCCUGGCAGCUCUCCUACAAGCAUUGCUACAGUGUAACCGUAAAAUGGGAGCAAGGGAGACUCGUCGAAUGUUGGAAAGAGUGGUUUAUCAACCGGGGAAUCCAGAAACCAUAGUGUCAGUGGCACGCUGGUACCUGCUGCAACAUCUGUAUGCCAAAGAUGAUUACGAAUUAAUAGAUAUGCUUAUAGAAAAUGCCAAAGCUAAUGGAGAUGUUAGAGCUCUGGAACUAAAUGAAAAAUUGUCAGCAAGUGCCUAGUAUGGACUGUCUCAAGCAACAAGUCUUCCAUUCAUCCAACUUCAUCUGUCCAUCUUCCAGGAGAAUAUGUGGUCUGGGCUUUACUUGUUUGUGUCUGGUUUUGAUUUUGUCUGCAACUUUGUCUUUUGUUCAAGAAAAAGUAGAACUACAGUAGGUUAUUCUUGUUGAGUCAUGGCAUCACAGACUGGUUUGGGUUGGAAGGGACCUCAAAGACCAUCCAGUUCCACACCCCUGCCCCGGGCAGGGACACACACACACACACACCCUUCCCCAGCGCAGGCUGCUCCCAGCCCCGUCCAGCCUGGCCUUGAGCCCUGCCAGGGAUGGGGCACCCACAGCUGCUCUGGGCAGCCUGGGCCAGCGCCUCGCCGCCCUCACGGGGGAGAAUUUCUUCCUGAUAUCGAGCCUAAAUCUGCCCUCUUUCAGCGUAAAGCCAUUCCCAUUGUCCUAUCCUACAUUCCUGUGUAAAAUGUCCCUCUCCAGCUGUAAUUUGGUUUGCAUAGCAAGGUUUUGGGUGGUAGCGGGAGGACUACAUUGGGUGGCUUUUGUGAGAAGCUGCCAGAAGCUUCCUCCAUGUGAGGUGACAUAGAGGUGACACCUGCUGGCUCCAGGAUGGACCUGAUGCUGCGAGCCCAUUGGUGAUGGUGGUAGUGCGUCUGGGAUAGCACAUGAAGAAGGAAAAACAAGAUAAAAAUCUGUGCCAGCAAGAGAGAGGAGCGAGCGACAACUCUGCAGACACCCAGGUCAGUGCAGAAGGAGGGCAGAAGAGCAGAGAUCCCCCGGCAGCCUGUGGUGGAGACUGUGGUGAGGCAGGCUGCCCCCAUCCACCCAUGGAGGUUAACGAUGGAGCAGAUCCCCACCCACAGCCUGUAGAGGACCCCACAUCAGGGCAGGAGGGUGCCUGAAGGAGGCUUUUGACCCAUGGGCAGCCUGCACUGGAGCAGGUUUGCUGGCAGGACUUGUGACCCUGUGGGGGACCCACGCUGGAGCAGGCUGUUCCUGAAGGACAACAUCCCAUAGGAGAGACCCACGCUGGAGCAGGGGAAGUGUGAGGAGGAAGGAGUGGCCGAGACAGCAUGUGAUGGACUGACUGCAGCCCUAUCCCCCUGUGCUGCUUAGGGGGAAGAGGGAGAGAAAUCAGGAAUUAAGUCCAGGAAGAAGGGAGCAGGAGCAAAGGUGUUUUUGUGAUUUGAUUGGUAAUAAAUUAAACUAAUUUUCCUCAAGUUGAA